UUGUGGCACUGAGGAGGAGCCUUCAUCCGACUAACCGUGAUGGUGACGCGCGGGGAUUUUUGACGUAUAUAAAGGAGGAGGAGGACUUCUUCCAAGCACAGUUCUUCCUCGUCCCUCAGCGAAGGCAAACUUACUUUACAACAUGAGAUUCCUGGUAUUUGUGUGCUUGGUAGCCAUGUGCUGCGCCCUUCCCCAGAGGACUCCAGCCGUAGCUGGAAGACCAGCUGCUGAGGGAAGUGGCUCCAGCAGAUCUCCCGUCGCUGAGGCAAAGCCUGCAAAGGCUGAGGCUGCUGAAGUAAAGCCUGCAAAGGCUGAAACUGCUGAAGUAAAACCUGCAAAGGCUGAGGCUGCUGAAGUAAAGCCUGCAAAGGCUGAAGGUGCUGAAGAACCCGUUGCUGCUGCCGAUGCCGAAGCCAGAGAAGUAGCUGAAUCUGAAGUUCCUGAGGCAGGUGCUGCCGAAGCUGAAGCUACUGAAGGUGGUGCUACCGAGGCAGAAGCUGCUGAGGCCAACGAAGCUGGUGGUGCUGCCGAAGCUGAAGCUGCCGAAGCUGAAGCUGCCGAGGCUGAAGCUGCCGAAGCUGAAGCUGCCGAGGGUGGUGCCGCCGAAGUUGAAGCUGCUGAGGCUGAAGCUGCCGAGGCUGGCGCUGAGACCGAAGCUGCUGAAGCUGAGGCCGCUGAAGCUGAAGCUGAAGCUGGUAGAGCGUAGGAAGAGCUCUUAACUUUAAGCUCGUUAUUGUCUUGUGUGUCAAUAUUUUAUUAGGAAACGUGCGUUUAUUAAUGUUAUAAAUUACCAAAGCGAUAUUAAACCAAAAUGAUUGA